CUCCGUCCUCGGGGUCAUGGACAGUCUGGAGAAGCAGCUCAUCUGUCCCAUCUGUCUGGAGAUGUUCACCAAGCCGGUGGUCAUUCUGCCCUGUCAACACAACCUCUGCCGUAAGUGUGCCAACGACGUCUUUCAGGCGUCCAAUCCCUACCUGUCGUCCAGGAGUGGCUCCACGGUGAGCUCAGGUGGACGGUUCCGCUGCCCGUCCUGCAGACAUGAGGUGGUUCUGGACCGACAUGGAGUCUACGGCCUGCAGAGGAACCUGUUGGUGGAGAACAUCAUCGACAUGUACAAGCAGGGGAGCACCAGUAAGCCGGUCCCAGAGGUGAAGGUGGACCAGCCCAUAUGUGAGGAUCAUGAUGAUGAGAAGAUCAACAUCUACUGCGUCUCUUGCAGUGUUCCCACCUGUUCCCUCUGUAAGGUGUUUGGAGCUCACAAGGACUGUGAGGUCGCCCCGAUCAACGACAUCUUCCAGCAGCAGAAGGUGGAGCUCACAGAUUGUGUGUCGCUGCUGGUUGGGAACAAUGAGAGGGUUCAGGCGAUCAUCAGUCAGUUGGAGGAAACCUGCAGAGCCGUAGACGAAAACGGUCGCCGACAGAAGUCGAAGGUGUGCGAGACAUUCGAUCACCUGUUUGCCGUGCUGGAGGAGAAGAAAGGUGAGCUGACGCUGAGGAUCAACAGUGAGCAGCAGGAGAAGCUGGACUACAUCCGUGGUCUGACCAGGAAGUACACGGAGCAUCUGGACGGCACCGCCAAGCUGCUGGAGACCUGCAUCCAGACGUUGGACCAAUCAGAGAUGGCUGUGUUCCUGCAGGCAGCAAAACCUCUACUGCAGAAUGGUUUUUUUUGUUUUUUUUUUUACUGUUUGUUACUUUUUGUUGUUGUUGUCAUGGAGACGGUGGUGUUUCUCCUCACCAGGAUUGUGGAGGGAACCGACACGUCUCACCUGGAUAAGGUUCAGCCCGGCUAUGAGAACAUGGAGCACUUCAUGGCAAACUUUGAGCAUCAGAGGAGAGCGCUGAGCAUCAUCGACUUCAUCAAACUUGAUGAAGAUGAUGAUGAUGAUGAUGAUGAUGAUGAUGAAGACGAGGUCAAUGUCAGAGCACCAACAGGAAGUCAAGCUGAGUCACAGCAGCACUUUACACCUGCAGGACUCUCAGCCAAUCAGCAGUCUCCUCUGUCACCUGUCCUCUCAGCCCCGCCCCCCCAGCGACCCACAGAGACCCCGCCCAUCUCUGUCUCACAGACAAAGAGCCCCGCCCCUUUGUCAUCAUCAUCAUCCACACAUGCCCCGCCCCCAAUUCCUCUGCCCACCGCCAGCUUCGCCCCCCAGUCGGAGCAGCAGAGUGAGUCAGAGGAUGGACCCAAACACGUCUUCUCCUUCAGCUGGCUCAACCAGAAAUAAGACCUGGACCUGGACCAGUCCGACCUGGUUCUAUCUGGAGGAUGUUUUUUGAAAUUCUGAAAAAUUUUGCUUUUUAAAUAUAAACUCACUUCACUUUUGGAAAUAAAUUAUUGUUUUGUUA